AUACCGCCGAUUCCUAGCAUCCGUUAAGUUGUUCGAAAAUAAUACUUCAAUUGCGCUCGCUAUUGUGUUUAACAUUUGAACAUUUCAUACCAUCAUAUUUCAGUAUUUUCUGUUUUUGUUCGUCGAGGGAAAGUGACUGUAAUACGACGUAAAUGAGAGAGAAAAGAUGCGUUAAUAGAUUUCACAUUCGAAAUAGAGCGUCGUUACUGCGGAUGUGUUAUGAAAGAGUUUGACUGGAAACGCUGAAAACAAAUAAAGAAAAAUCUUUGCAAACACUAUUGUUUCGUCACGAAAGUCCCAGCAGUUGUAUGCGCAACCGUUAUGCGCGAAGGUGUAUCAGGUGUGGGAUGGAAUAAAUAAAUGUUCGGUGGGUUUGGGCCACUCACAUUUAUUUUUUCUUUUUAUUUUUUUUAUUUUAUAAUUUUUUUGAUGAAUUAUUCUUUUUAUUCGUGACUAUAAUUCAGUGUGUGACGGUAUUAAACGGGAAAAUCACCGAAUUUUGUGAGAAUAAACAUGUUAGUAUACACGACGAUCGCGCUCAUCUUGUGCGCGACUGCUUUAACCUCACCUGUCAAUGAAACACAGACAGAUCGCUUUUCGAAAGACAAUCAGAGCGCUUUUUCUCUCAAACAUUCACGCAAUACGAGCCGUCUAGUUGCCACGACACUUCCACCGAACAUCAUAAAUAAACGUGUCAACAAUGAAAGUUUUUCGUUGCUAGCAGAGGGAGGCCCGAUUUUUCAAGAAAACAAUGAUGAUUCUCCAAGACAUCUCUACAAAUCCCUAGAAAAAAUAGAAACUUUGAAAACAUCUGUAGUACAGCCUGGAUACGAAGAUGUGAGUGAGAAUUCUAAAGCAAAGCCUCCCAAAAUCAGAAACGCAUCAGUGGUUGCCCGCAAAGGAGUAUUGCCAACUUCCAAAAUAACAGCAAGAAAAGGAGUGAUUCUGGAUGUAUCUCUAAUUCAAUCAACCACAGAUAGAGUCGAGGAAACUGUAGGGCAAGCAAAGUCACGUGGAAAAAACAGAGAUAGCAAAAUUGACCCUCAUGAUCAGGGUACUGCUGAAAAGAUGGCAGUAACUACUGAAAAAAUGCCAUUGCUCGAGCACACAAAUGUUACCAUGUCGCUGAAUGAUAAAACAACAAUUGGAUCCAACGCCAUGACGAAUUUCACAAAAUCAUCGACAACGAUCGGCGUUGAGUCUGCGGCAGCCACUAAACUUGCAGCCAAUUUGACAAUAACAACUCCAAAACCGUCUGUGAAAAAAUUCAAGCCUAAACCAACUGUGACUAUCGGCGAGAUGGAAGCAGACAAACCGAUUCCUGCCUCACCCACAAAAACUCCUCCGCUUGGUAUGCCUCGAAAGAUUGAUUACAUUAUUCCAGUGAUAAUAACCAUUAUGGCACUUCCGCUACUCGGCGGCGCGACGUUCCUUCUAUACAGAAGAGGAAGAGACUGUUGGGACAAGAGACAUUACAGGAGAAUGGAUUUCCUCAUAGAUGGAAUGUAUAACGACUAUAGCUGGAAGUAAUCGGAUAUUGCAAGAUUGAUGAUGUUGAGGUUUGCAUUUCUGGAACGGAAAAUCUUCUGUCUGCAUUUUAUAUAGACCUUUUUUUAUCAUCAAUUUUCAAGUAUAAGAAAUACUCAAUAGUUGUUGAAAACUUGAAUCUGCAAAUAAAUUGAAAAAAGAUCAAAAAUAAGAAAUUUUCUUCCAAAAAUGCCAACUUCAAAUUGAAAUUCUAACGAGCUGAACUUAUGGCUACAUUUUUUACCGCAAAAUAAAUCAACUAUAAUAAUCGAUGAUAUUACGAUAAUGAAUUCGCCAUUUGUUUUACGGCUAACUACUCAAAAUUAAAAUUUCACUACGAAACGCAGUUUUUGAAUUAAAAGAUAAAACAUAUCAACAAUAUUUUGCAUUUAAAAAUUAAAAUGUUGAGAAGAUGAUCAAGUUUAAAAAGCCCAAUGGAAAAGGGGAAAAACUCUUUCGAUUCAUAAUAAUCGUGUAUUAGCCUUAGAUCGCGACAAUUUUGGUGUCACCCAUAAACUCGAUGUGUAAAUAUAUUGUUGAGCAAGUUGUAGAUAAACGAACCGGCCUUACGAGACACAAAGACAAAAAAUACGUACGCAGACACAUAACGCGUUGCUCUUCCGACACUCGUUAUAUGAAAAUUGUCUGUUAUUAUCAAUCGUCCCAAAAGAAAACGUUUGAAAAAACGUUCGAGGUUCAUAUUUGUGAAAAAUAAUGAUUCUUUCAACGUUGAUUUUCGAAUUUUCUAUUGAAUUCAAAAGUCAUAAAAAGAUCUUGUAAACGUGUUUAUCUGGAUAGUCGGAUUACGUCUCUUUUGCAUCGAGCGGUGAUGGAGCGUGACAUUUAUACAGAGAAUUUAUUGCAUUUUUUCAAUGUUAUAUUUCGUAGCGUUCCGAAGGUUUUACAAAGAUCUGUGACUGGAAUUGGACUCUAAAAAGUUAACCACGUAUUCUCCAAAGGAGAUGAAAGAUUUAAUCAGGAAUGGUGGACACGUUUUUAUAUUUUUUUUUCAUCGAUAGUCCAAAAAUCUGUUUCUGGUCGCUAGACAAUGACCAGUUUGCUUUAAAAAACAAACUAUUAAUUUCAAUAUCGAACAAUAAAUUUGCAUUUCAACGCUUUAAAGUUCACGAUUGUAAGGGAAAAAGACAACGAAUUUACACGAGUGUCAUCCCAAUAUACUUUUCAUUGUUGAGAAAGAAAAAAAAACACGAAUGGAUGUAAUCCACGAGAAAAUUUCAUGGUUUUUCUCAGUUCUAUUGUACAUUGAAAAUUCGAUAUUUUAUGAAUGUAUAACAGAGCAAUAAUGACAGUUAUUUUUAUACCGUGCGGAGAAAAAAUUGUAAAAAUCUAUAAAUACACACACAUAUGUAUAUAAAUAUUUCGGUAUAAAUACUGAAAAUAUACUAUCAUGUUGAUAUUGA